AAAAUAAAAUUCAAACUCAAACUUAUAGAUAGAUAGAGAGCCAUAACAGGCAGUGACUGGCAGUCAGACAUUUGCUGCGCUAGUGUUCGGUUGGAUAUAAAUUUUUUUCAUAUAAAGUGGAGUUCAUAUAGCAUACCAGUGCCCUAUAAUUGGUUAUAUAUACUACAGUACUAACCAUACAGACUACUAGUGCUCAGCGAAGUAUCUGUGAACCAACUCAACCAUCAACACACACACACACAUACAUAACAACGCCGCCAAAUAUACAGUACUACUACUACUACUACUACAACUACAACACACCGGCCAACCCAACCAAACUAAAAACCAACUUUCCCUCCUGUGUGACCAUUUAAAUCGGAUUUUUGUUGUUGUUGUUGUUGUGUGUAUUAAUGACUGAUCCAAGUGAUUAAAUGAUGUCCAUUAAUAUGAAGACAAUGAAAGAUAAUAAUAAUAAUAGUAAGGAACCGUUUGAACGUUGCUAUCGGGUCGGCCCAGUGCUCGGUAAGGGUGGCUUCGGUACUGUUUAUGCCGGCACCAGGAUUCGCGAUUCACUGGCCGUGGCCAUCAAACACAUCAGCAAAGAUAAGGUGACCGCUUGGGAACAGUCAUCUGGCCAUCGAUUACCAUUGGAGAUCAGUCUGUUGCGUAAAGUCGAUCACAUCACGGGUGUAAUCAAACUGAUCGAUUGGUACGAACGUAACGAUUCGUUUAUCAUAAUCAUGGAAAGGCCGGAAUCGUCGAAAGAUUUGUUCGACUUUAUUACCGAAAAAGCCGUACUGGAGGAAAAGCUGUCCCGUCUGUUCUUCAGGCAAGUGGUGGAAACGGUUAGUGCCUGUCAUAAGGCCGGAGUUAUACAUCGGGAUAUCAAAGACGAAAACAUAUUGGUCGACAUGAAAACCUAUACACUGAAGAUUGUCGACUUUGGUUCCGGUGCCUACUUAAAGGAUACUCAUUAUAGUGAUUUUGAUGGAACCCGUGUCUAUUCGCCACCCGAAUGGAUCCGUCAUAACCGAUAUCACGGCCGUACGGCUACUGUCUGGUCGUUGGGUGUCCUACUAUACGAUAUGGUAUGCGGCGAUAUACCAUUUGAAAAAGAUGCCGACAUACUAUCCGCUGACGUUAGAUUCAGGCGAAAAUUAUCCACUGAAUGUCAGGAUCUGAUCCGAAAGUGCCUAUCAAUCUCACCGAGCGAUCGACCAUCGCUUGAAGAUAUACUAAUACAUCCGUGGAUGUCCGCUAAACUUGAAAGCGGCGUAUCCACUGGUAUACCUGUACAGUGUACGCGGCGAACAUCACCCAUGGAUUCGGGUACUAUCUCGGAUCAGUCUUCGACCAGCAGUCAAAACAGUCAUCAAUCUAUUUGACCUGAAUUUACUGUUUAGGUCUCAUUUAUUUAAAGAAAAAUAAUAACUAAUUAAAUAAUUCAAUUAAUUAAUUAAUAAUUAUUAUAUUAUUAUAAUAAUA